AUGCAAGUAAUGUAUUGAAUUUCACUUUCCCUAGAUANGAAGACACAUUUCUUAUUUAUUUAAUGAAUAUGAUGGGAAAAAUUACUUUUGGGAAUUAAUAAAAUUAACCAAAAAAACAAUUAUUAUACUUGUUCUAACUUAUUUUGAAAUUCAAGUUUUGCUAAAGGCUUCUUUACUAGGAUUGUGUUUACUACUUUACCAAUUGCUAGCUGUUGAAUAUAAACCAUACAAUAUUUCAAAGCUUAAUCACUUAGACUUAUAAGCUGGUUAAAUUUGUUCCAUUACAAUUUUCCUUGCUGCUGCUAAAUAUGUAUGCGAGCAACAAAAUAAUUAAGUGUUAUCUAUUUAAUUAUAAAUAGUUAUUAUUAUUCUCUGCAUAAUAUUGUGCUACCCUUUUGUAAAAGGCAUAAUCUUGGCUUAUAAGAAAAAAUACUAUGUUCUCUUACUUGCCUCAUUAAAGAAUCUAUUCAAAAAAAUUAAAUCAAAAUCAAAGUUAGCCAAUCUAUUUAAAUAACUUUGGAAAUAGUAAAAAUCUAAAGAAUCAAGGCUGAAAAAGAAUUUAAUGAAAUUGAAAAACGUAUCUAAAUCUUCAAUAAAAAUGCGAAGGUAACAAUAUUUAUUAAAUUAGAUAAAUUGUUGUAAAUCUUAGGACAACUACAGAAUCUGAUUAAAAUUCAAAAUUAAAAUCAGAAAAAAUGUUAAUUGCAUUCAAACCUGAGAUAUGA